AUGAUUACGCGGGAUCCAUUAGCAACGAGAGCAAAUCCGAUAGUAGCUCCAACAAUAGAGACAUAUUACGUGUUGCAAACCUUGCUUCCAACAGAAGUUCCGAACGAGUUCGCGGUGUCAUUGGCACCGAUAGCAAACGCCAAAAUGAAUGCUAUGACGGCUCCAAUUCCAACGAGAACGGGAGCAAUCAUCUUCGAAUUUGUUCUGAAAACGAAACAAUUUUAG